AACACAUACUACAUAUAUUUUGUGCCACUUUGCGUGAUCGAAUUGAACUAGGUGACUCUUUUUCUUAGUUUUUGGGUCUCCAAGUUUGUUCUUAAUUAGAUUCUCUCGCUGCAAGGGGGUAGAUGAAGAUGGUGUGUUUGAUAUCUCGUUCCGGAAGGCAUUUGCAGAGAUACAACAAAGGUCGUCGCCUUGUUGUAGGAUGUAUUCCCUAUAGAUAUAAAAAUGGAAAUGGUGAUGCCAUAAAGGAUGAAUUAGAAGUCCUUGUGAUCAGUUCGCAAAAAGGCCAAGGAAUGAUGUUUCCUAAGGGAGGUUGGGAGCUUGAUGAAUCUGUCGAAGAAGCUGCUUCUCGGGAAUCGCUUGAAGAAGCCGGAGUUCUGGGCAACGUUGAGUGUCAAUUAGGUAUAUGGAGUUUCAAGAGCAAAAGCCUUGGAAUAUAUCAUGAAGGAUACAUGUUUCCUAUGCUUGUGACUGAACAACUUGAUCUAUGGCCAGAAAAAAAUGCCAGAAAAAGAUUAUGGAUGACAGUGGCUGAAGCUAGGGAAGUUUGUCAACAUUGGUGGAUGAAGGAAGCCUUAGACAUACUAGUUGAUCGCAUUAAAUCUUCGAGGCAUGAAGAAGAAGAUGUUUCACCUUAG